CAAAAAAGAAGCAAAAAGCUCCGGAGAUUUAGGAACCAACGUAGGAGAUUUGAAAGAGAUGGCGGGAAAAUCGAGGAAGUGGAUGAUUCUAGUGGCGACGAUCUGGAUUCAAGCUUUCACUGGUACGAAUUUCGAUUUCUCGACGUACUCGUCGGAUUUGAAAUCGGUUCUAGGGAUCUCACAGGUACAGCUGAACUAUCUCGCCGUCGCUUCGGAUCUCGGCAAAGUUUUCGGAUGGUCGUCGGGACUUGCGCUACUGUACUUCCCUCUCUGGACGGUCCUCUUUGCGGCGGCGAUAAUGGGGUUCGUUGGUUAUGGUAUUCAGUGGCUCGUUAUCACUAACGUUAUCUCUUUGCCGUACAUUCGGGUGUUUCUGUGUUGCUUGUUAGCUGGACUAAGUAUCUGUUGGUUUAACACAGUCUGCUUUGUGCUCUGCAUCAGAAACUUCCCUGCAAACAGAUCACUUGCGCUUUCCCUCACAGCCAGCUUCAACGGCGUAAGUGCUGCGUUAUACACUCUUGCUUACAACACAAUCAAUCCUAUCUCCACACAGCUAUACCUUCUCUUAAACGCCCUUAUACCUCUUAUCGUCUCCUUCGCUGCUCUCAUCCCUAUUCUUCGCCAACCGCCUCUUGAACCUCUUCCACCAGAUGGAGUUCGAAGGGACUCUCUCAUGUUUCUCUUGCUUAACAUAUUAGCUGUUCUGAACGGUGUUUAUCUGCUUCUCUUUGGUUCCAAGACUUCUGAUGUGACCUCAGCUCGUCUCCUCUUUGGUGGAUCGAUUCUUCUCUUGAUUCUCCCUUUAUGCCUUCCCGGUCUUGUCUACGCUCGUAAUUGGUAUCUGCACAACGUACACUCCAGUUUCCGUUUAGAAGGUUCCGGUUUCAUUCUUGUUGAUGUGGAUGAGCUUGAGAUACAUAAAGGAAUCCUCGAAGGCUAUCAGUUGCUAAACGAUGAUGUAGUGCGAACGGCCAUUACUCCUAAUCAGAAGAGUUUCAUCGAAGAUGACAACGGAUCUUGUUGCAGUAAGCUCAUUACAAGAAAUCAGCUUGGAAUGCUUGGAGAAGAGCAUCCUUUGUAUCUGCUCUUGUGCAGAUCAGAUUUUUGGCUUUACUACGUAGCAUAUUUUUGCGGUGGCACGAUUGGACUUGUCUAUAGCAACAACCUCGGACAGAUUGCACAAUCUUUAGGACAAAGCUCCGAGACAACAACUCUUGUCACACUUUAUUCGUCCUUCUCAUUCUUCGGUCGAUUGCUUUCAGCAACACCAGACUAUAUCAGAGCGAAGUUUUAUUUCGCUAGAACAGGGUGGCUAACCGUUGCUCUUUUACCAACCACAAUCGCUCUUUUCUUAUUGGCAUCAUCAGGAAGUUUGUCGGCGUUACAAGCAGGACCAGCUCUAAUUGGUCUAAGCUCUGGUUUCAUAUUAGCAGCAGCAGUUUCUAUCACAUCUGAGCUUUCUGGACCUAACAGCGUUGGGGUUAACCACAACAUCCUCAUCACAAACAUACCGAUAGGAUCAUUGGUCUACGGUUUCUUAGCUGCUCUGGUCUAUGAAUCUCAUAGCAUGGCUGGGUCAAAGACGGAGUCAGUGAUAUGUAUGGGACGAGACUGUUAUUUCCUAACGUUUGUGUGGUGGGGAUGCUUGUCGGUGAUUGGGCUAGCUUCAAGUGUUGUCUUGUUUCUGAGAACUAGAAGAGCCUAUCAACGUUUUGAACAAGAUCGGAUAACUUCAAGCAUGCUCUAUUCUUAAAAGUUUACUCCAAAUCGUGUUGUAUUGAGGGGGAUAAGGACGACAGACCUUUGUCAGUGCUCAGAAGUUUUGAUA